CCUCUCCUGAUUGCCCUCCAAACCACUACUUCAGCCUCGUCACCCAAACUAUUGGUGAGAACUGAGAAGAGAAACAAUUUAGUAGUAUUCCUUUUUUUUGACUUAAUAUGGGGAUGACACACGACGGCGGCGGCGGCCUCCCCCGGCCCAAGCUCUUCCCCGCGGCAGGAAAGCCCUGCGGCUACUGCAAGUCCGCCGCAGCGCUUCUCUUCUGCCGCGUAGAGUCCACUUUCAUGUGCAUCCCCUGCGACUCCAAGGUGCACAAUGCCACGAAUAUGAAGCACGAGCGCGUCUGGAUGUGCGAGGUGUGCGAGCAGGCGCCUGCGGUCGUCACGUGCAAGGCCGACGCGGCCGCCCUCUGCGUCACGUGCGACCGCGACAUCCACUCCGCCAACCCCCUCGCCAGCCGCCACGACCGCGUCCCCGUCGUGCCCUUUUACGACACGGUCGAGUCCGCCGCAGUCGCCGACUCCGACGCCAGCUUAUUCGCCGACGGCGGCUACUCCUGGAUCCCGACGAGCCCGAUCGCCGCCCCGAAAGACGCGCCGCCUGAUUUGAAAGCCAUGGAAUUGUUCUUCCAGGAUUCCGACCAGUUCAUCGACUUCGACAGCUACCAGAUUUCGUCGCAGCCUUACAGCGACAGCGUCGUCCCAGUCCAAACCCCUGUCAAACCACCCCUACCGGAAAACCGGUUCGAGAUCGACUUCACUAGGUCCAAUAUCCACUCCUACAACAACAACAACACGAUAUUCACAACUCCAUCCCUCAGCCACAGUGUGUCAUCCUCGUCAAUGGACGUGGGGGUGGUGCCGGACGGGAGCUCUCUAUCGGAAAUAUCGUACCCUUUCGGUCGGAACAUUAGUGUUUCGAACCCUGAUCUGACUGGGAACCAGAGUUCCCAGAUGGACCGGGAAGCGAGGGUGUUAAGGUAUAAGGAGAAGAGAAAGAACAGGAAAUUCGAGAAGACAAUUCGCUACGCUUCUCGAAAGGCGUACGCAGAGACCAGGCCGAGGAUCAAAGGCAGGUUCGCAAAGAGAACCGACUCGGAAUCCGAUAUCGACCGAAUAUUUGGCGCCGGCGCAGCUAAUUUCAUCGCCGAUGCGAGAUUCGGCAUAGUCCCCUCGUUCUGACGGGAAAGAUUGAAUUAUAUAUAUAUAUAUACUAUAACUACUGCUGUAUCUCUCUAAUUUUCGGCAUAAUUAGAUUUCUUUGUGAAAGGGCGAUAGUAUUAGUAAACUCUACUUGUUUUUAAUACUAUUUCAUCUUUUUAUGAAAUUUUAAGCAAAUUGAAACUA